AUGGACAAUUUUAACAAGAAAACUCUGAAGACGAAGAGGUCUUUCACUUACACCUACUAUGUCUCGCCUAGUGGGGAAUCCAGCAAAUCCACGCCAGCCCUGUUCUUCAUCCAUGGUUUCCCUGACAGUGCUCAUCUGUGGAAAGAUGUAGUCGCCCAACUAUCGGGCUUGCCCAACAAGAUCAUCAUUCCCGACACCUUGGGCUAUGCGGGGACUGACAAGCCCACCGACACUGCCGCCUAUAGCCACAAGGGGCAAGCUGACGACCUGGUGGAAAUUCUUCAGAAGGAACAGAUUCAGUCGAGCAUCAUUAUCGGCCACGACUGGGGUUCUGCUAUCGCCCAGCGUGUCUACUUACAUUACCCAGAGCUAUUCUCAGCUGUCAUUCUCUUGAACGUGGCCUAUCUCCCACCGGGGGACCAGCCUUUCCACUUGGAUGCAGUAAACGACUUCACCCAGAAGAUUUACGGCUAUCCUCAAUUUGCGUAUUGGGAGCUCUUCUCCGCAGAAGACGGUGCAAAGAUCAUCGACGGCAACCUGGAGUCUAUGUGGGAAGUCCUCCAUGGGGAGUCUGAGGAUUGGAUGAAGAAGAUGUUCUGCGUCAAAGGCGGCAUGAAGGCGUACUUGACCAACAACGAGCACGUUCCCUUGAAGGCAUAUGGCGAGGAGCCAAGAUGGAAGGACGAAUUCCUCAAACAAUUUAGGCGCGAUGGGUUUGAUGGGCCACUUCGAAUGUACAAAGCGGCAGUGUCCAAUAUCCACUUUGAAUCAGACAGGUCCAUCCCGAAGGAGAGACUCGUAAUCAAAGACCCUGUGCUAUUCAUCGGCUGCACAGGCGAUUUCGUCUGCCGUCACGACAUGAUAGAGAUCCCCAAGAAGGCCGGAUUGUUGCCAGAUCUCGAGGAGCAAUCGAUCGAAUCCGGACAUUGGGUCCCGAUGGAGCAACCGGGCGAGGUGGCCAAACACAUCAAAAACUUUGUCACCAGGCGAUUUCCAUGA